AAUUCCCCCAUAAAGUUGGAACCCUAAUCCAAUUUAUGGUCCGCCCGAAGAAACCACAAGCCUCCUUAAACCUUCCGAAUUUGAUUCAUCAUCACCAUCUUCACUCUCCGUCCUCCCAAAUUGCAUCAUGCAAUCGCCGGCGAAGCCCAAAUCUUAACCCCGUGUGGACAUUUAUUCCUUUUACAUCCACCGCUGUUUUAGGUUUUUACGGCGGAGAUCGGUAGAACAAUUAAAACCCGCAUCCGACCCGAAUUAUCAGUACAGCUUUCUGUAAAUCUGCUUACUUUUCCCCCCCGCCACCAAUUCUUUAUCCCAUGGCCACCGCCACCGAUGCACCUGCGAAGUUUCAGCAGCCGGACCUCAUACCGAUCCCCCAGCCGCCGGAUUAUCACCCGGAGAUUGUUGUUUCGCCGGUUCACGACGGGCUGCACUAUUGGCAGUUCAUGGUGGCCGGGUCAAUCGCCGGCAUGGUGGAGCACAUGGCCAUGUUCCCGGUCGAUACGGUCAAGACCAGAAUGCAAGCCCUAGUCUCUUGCCCAAUCAAGUCCGUCGGGAUACGCCAGGCCCUCCAGUCCAUUCUCAAAUCGGAGGGCGUUUCUGGGUUUUACCGCGGAAUCGGAGCAAUGGGCCUCGGCGCUGGCCCUGCCCACGCCGUGUACUUCUCCGUCUAUGAGUUCUGCAAGGAGGCGUUUUCCGGCGGGAAGCCCAAUAACCCUGCCGCCCACGCGGCUUCCGGCGUGUGUGCCACAGUGGCCAGUGACGCAGUCUUUACCCCCAUGGACAUGGUGAAACAGAGGCUUCAGCUGAGCAGCAGCCAGUAUAAGGGGGUAAUGGACUGUGUGAGGGUGGUGCUGAGAGAGGAAGGGGUUAAGGCCUUUUAUGCUUCAUAUAAGACCACAGUUCUUAUGAAUGCCCCUUUCACGGCAGUGCACUUUACCACUUAUGAGGCGGCGAAGAGGGGUUUGUUAGAGUUUUCGCCGGAGAUUGCCAGCGAUGAGAGGCUGGUGGUCCAUGCCACUGCAGGGGCGGCUGCUGGGGUUUCAGCUGCCUUGAUUACCACUCCACUUGAUGUGGUUAAAACUCAGUUGCAGUGUCAGGGUGUGUGUGGGUGUGACAGAUUCAAGAGUGGUUCAAUAAGGGAUGUCUUCAAGACAAUAAUAAAGAAAGAUGGGUAUAGUGGGCUGAUGAGGGGUUGGAUGCCGAGGAUGCUCUUCCACGCUCCCGCUGCUGCAAUUUGCUGGUCCACUUAUGAAGCCGCCAAAUCCUUCUUUCAAGAUUUGAAUGCCACCAACAACAUCAACAACACCUAAGAAUCCCCAGGUAAUGCUCUGCUUAUGCCUCCUCAGCAUUUGACUUGUUUGUUUGUCCGAACCACACCGUGGGGCCACUUGGGCAAUAGAAAGUAAGAUUCGCGUUUCUGAUUUGGGUGGCGAGGUGUGGAUUGUGCCAUUGGUGGUAAAUGACACUUAGAGGUAGCUUUCAAGAGUUUCAAUAAGUUCAUCUAAAAAAAGAAGGAUUAGACUGGAGCUAGUUGUUCUGUGCCUUCAAAAGAUGGUGUUAUAUGCCAACAAAUCAUUUGGGGCUUUGUAGUAUUUUUACAUUCUGUUGUAAAAGGACAACCUAUUUUUUCUUAGUUUUUUUUUUUAAAAUUUUGUUGUAAAAGGAUAACAUUUUUUUCUCUCCUCACACGCGGAUCACUUUUUGUUGCGAGUCCUUUAGUAAAAAAAUUCUUUAUAU